AUGGUUCAAGCGUCGAGUGUGGAAUUGGGAAGGAGCAUUGAGAUAAUCGAUGGGAAGGUUGAGAAAGAACUUACUCUCGUGACUGUAGAACAUGUUGUAUCUCUAAUGUGUGACCAUUUACACUCUUCGAGAAUAUUGGACACGAAGGACUAUAGGAUGAAAAAGACAGUAUGGACACAAGAUGAACAAGCUGGAGAAGAAAGCCUGCGUCUCUGGCGUGUUCAUGCAAUAGAAAUGGAUAGAAAAACGCGUCUCACUAAAGACGACCAGUCUCAGAUGGGUAGUUUGAAGGGAGGAAAGAUCUCUCUUGAGGGUCGUGAAACAAGAGACUCGCGGAAGUGUCGAGUCAAAGACGAGAGAGGCUUCGUCGAAGACAGGAGAGACCGUCAUCGGCAACUACCUCACCCUGGAGACGUGACGGCACACGCGCUCCAGAAGGCUCGCGUGUCGAGGCAGGUCAGAUGA